AUGCCGUUGGCUGUCACUUGCGCAGCACUGGACGAGGCCAAGGUUGUAGAGCCGCCUGGAUCGCACCCUGAUUCGGUCUGUCGCGGUACGGGCUACGAACUCGUGCCAUUGCCAAACCAGCCUCCGUCGCCCAGUUUGGACCCUUUCCUGCCAACCUCGAGUGGCGGGUUGGCCAGCUCUGUGCUUGGAGCCAUCAAGUACAGACGUACUCGAGUAGGUAGUCACCUGCCGCAAGCAGCGGACCGCGCCGCAGCAAUAAUGAAUACACCUUACAAGAGGUACCUAGGCAAUAACAAUAAGCUCUCCGUAAUCGUGCGCUGCACGGGAGCCACAUACGUCCAAUUCUCUCAUACGAUUUCCCCGACGCACUUCCCGGCCCUGGCCACGUCCCUCGCUCCCCUGCGCACAAAGGCUGUGGACUCUGCACUCAGCUCGACGAUGCAGCUGUGGUGCAACUAG